AGAUCUGCACAGCCGACUGCGGCGGCCACGGCGUGUGCGUGUCGGGCACCUGUCGCUGUGACGAGGGCUGGACGGGCGGCGGAUGCGAGCAGAGGGCGUGUCACCCCCGCUGCAGCGAGCACGGCACCUGCAGGGAGGGCAAGUGCGAGUGCAGCCCGGGAUGGAACGGGGAGCACUGCAGCGUCGAGGGCUGUCCCGGCCUGUGUAACGGUAACGGCAGGUGCACUCUGGGUAAUGGCGGCUGGUCCUGCGUGUGCCAGCUGGGCUGGAGGGGCGGCGGCUGCGACACGUCCAUGGAAACGGCCUGUGGCGACGUCAAGGACAACGACGCAGGUAAAGCACCGAGAGCGAGCGGGCAGGAAGCCCCCGCUGAGGGCGUGUUGAGGUGAAAACACAAGUCACUUGGCCCCGGGCCUAAAACGUCAGCGGGCCCCUGGUGGAGACCUGCAGGUCUGGCCUGGAAGAAGCCUCCGGCAGUCCUGAAGGACCACACCUGACUUCCUGUCCUUCACAAGUCACAUGUUGACUUUUAUUAUUCAACCUUUU